AUGAUUAUGAAUGUUACAUGUCGUGGAACUUUGCUAAGGAGCAGUAUCAAUUUACCUAUGAGUAAGAGACUACUAAGAAGUUAUCCAGGUGGUACACAAACAUUGAAUGGAUUUGAGAAAUUUAAUCAAAGAGAGCAAGCUAAAGAGAACUAUUUCAUUAGAAAACAUGAAAAGGAACAAAUGGAAGAACAAGUAAAACAUUAUAAGGAACAAAUUAAACAUUUAAAUAACAAAAUCGAUGAGAUUGAAAAAGAACAUGCUAAAAAAUCACAAAAAUAG